UCAUGUGUUGCUUUUCAGAGGAUCCGAACGUUACUCCAUCAUCGACCAUCCCACGACAUCCGUCAAAUUUAGCAACGCGUAAUCGUUAACCCCGUGGGGUAUGGGCUAUGGCUGCGUGUGAAAAUCUAUCAUGUCUUAACACGUUAUUACGUUAACUGGCUACUGGCUGUCACCCACUCUUCUCUCUCUUCCUCUUAUGAUCACCCAUUUACCGCAUCCAUCCCAAAGUGCUCCGCCCCCUUUUUUUUUUUAGUUUUCUAACAAAAGCCAACUCAUAAAGCUAAAUUUUAGUCCCUCUCUCUCCUUCUCAAAGUUUCUAUCUUUAGAGCCUCUGGUUUCUUCUUCUCUUUCUUUUGCGUGUCAGAUAAUGUAAAGCCCGGUAAAGUUUUAGCAAGGAGUACCCUCUACAAAUUUUGUAAGACAAACCCAAAAAGAGUUUUAUUUUUCCUUGAAGAAUGUCUUUGAUUAGGUUCUUGGGUCUGUUUCUUGUCCCCAUUGCUCUGCUUUUGAGCUUGUGUUUUGCUGAAGAUCCGUUUGUUUUCUAUGAUUUUGAGGUGUCUUACAUCACUGCUUCUCCUUUGGGUGUUCCCCAACAGGUAAUUGCUAUAAAUAACAAGUUUCCUGGCCCCACUAUCAAUGCAACCACUAACAACAAUGUCGUUGUCAAUGUUCGAAACAAAUUGGACGAGGGUUUACUCAUCCAUUGGUCUGGGAUUCAACAGAGGCGUAGUUCAUGGCAAGAUGGGCUUCCUGGCACUAAUUGUCCAAUUCCUCCAAAGUGGAACUGGACUUACCAGUUCCAGGUGAAGGACCAAAUUGGGAGUUUCUUCUACUUCCCAUCACUGCACUUCCAGAGAGCGGCUGGUGGUUUUGGCAGCUUUAUUAUAAACAAUAGAGCUAUUAUUCCUAUUCCUUUUGACACACCUGACGGGGAUAUUACAAUUUUGAUUGGUGAUUGGUACACACGCAACCACACGGCUCUGAGAAAGGCACUUGAUGCUGGAAAAGAUCUAGGGAUGCCAGAUGGAGUUCUUAUUAAUGGCAAAGGCCCUUACCGGUAUAAUGAUACUCUGGUACCUGAUGGCAUUGAUUAUGAAACAAUUAACGUCCACCCAGGUAAAACUUAUCGCCUUCGAGUGACAAAUGUGGGAAUAUCGACCUCCUUGAAUUUCAGGAUUCAGAGCCAUAAUGUGCUUCUUGCAGAGACCGAGGGAUCAUAUACAGUGCAGCAGAACUACACUAGCUUAGACAUACACGUAGGACAGUCUUAUUCUUUUCUGCUAACUACAGAUCAGAAUGCAAGUAGUGAUUACUACAUAGUAGCAAGUGCCAGGUUUGUGAAUGAAUCACAGUGGAAACGAGUUACUGGUGUUGCCAUUUUGCAUUAUUCAAAUUCAAAAGGAAAGGCAGCUGGUCCCCUCCCUGAUCCACCACAGGAUGAAUAUGACAAAACCUUUUCAAUGAACCAAGCAAGGUCUAUCAGAUGGAAUGUAUCUGCCAGUGGUGCUCGCCCUAAUCCACAGGGAUCUUUUAGAUAUGGUUCAAUCAAUGUGACUGAAAUUAUUGUGUUGGAAAACAAGCCACCUGUUACUAUUGAUGGGAAAAGACGAACAACACUCAGUGGGAUAUCGUUUGUCAAUCCAGCUACACCAAUCCGGCUUGCUGACCAGUUCAAGGUUAAGGGAGUAUAUAAGCUUGAUUUUCCCAAUACACCACUUACAGGGCCACCUAAAAUGGAAACAUCAGUAAUUAAUGGAACAUAUAGGGGAUUUAUGGAAGUCAUCCUACAGAACAAUGACACCAAGGUGCAGAGCUAUCACAUGAGUGGAUAUGCUUUUUUUGUUGUCGGAAUGGAUUAUGGUGAGUGGUCAGAGAAUAGCAGGGGCACAUAUAACAAGUGGGAUGGCAUUGCUCGCACUACAACACAGGUUUAUCCUGGUGCAUGGACAGCAAUCUUGAUAUCACUUGACAAUGUUGGAGUCUGGAACCUUAGAACAGAAAACCUCGACUCAUGGUAUCUUGGCCAAGAAACAUAUGUCAGGGUUGUCAAUCCAGAGGCUACAAACAAGACUGAAUUGCCUAUGCCAGACAAUGCCCUCUAUUGUGGUGCCCUCAGCAAAUUGCAGAAGCCACAGGAUGUCUCUUUGGCAACAUCAAUCACAGGCAGUAGAUACAAACUCUUCUUCACGGUGCUGAUGGUUGCCUCUGCACUACUUGUCCUUUCCCGCUAGGUGUUUUCUUUUGGGGUAUCUCUUCUUGUCAGAAAGGUUUGUGGUUGUGUGUUUAGGUGUGCAAGUGUGUAAGUGUAGUCUUGUUGAUAUGAAUCUUGGGUGAUUUUAACAUGUAUUUUUUUGUUUACAAUGUUGUUAAUGCACCCGGGGUUCCUUGUUUAAUUCAUUGGGAAUAUCAUUCUUUUAAUACCUAUAAUUUAUGUACUGAUGACAAUUCAUCAAAUUUCAAUACAAUUUAACCUCGUGUCUAGAUUUAUCUAUUCCUUCAUGCUUUUCUGCAAUUGACAUCUAUAUCUGCCCAGUUUCACACAUUUGUGCUUAAGUUCUUUUCUCUUAUGUAUGUAUGCAUGUAUGUAUAUGUUUGUGAAUGGGUGGGUGUGUAAUUUGCACAUUGGACGCCCCUUUUGAUUGUGGUUGGUGGUUGUAGUAAUGCUGUGAGUAUCGUCCAUCAAUAUAGUCAUUCAUUUGAGGUUUUGUAUGCAGGUCAACGAUGCCAUUUCAUGCAAAGAACCUAUGAUAAAAAAUGUGUUUUAGAGACACUAAACUAUAACUGGUGUAGUAGUUGUAAGUAGUUACUCCAUAAUGAAGGGUUAAAAUUUAGUCAAUUCUUACUUUUGGCCUUGUCUAAAUGUCCAUUUACGCUUGAGUGGUUUUUAAUGAGAUUGGACAAGAAUGGUAACUCAACAAACGUGAUUUUUAACUUGAGAGUGACACGAACCAGGGAAAAUGAAAGAUCAGCUGGUCCCAUUUUUAGGUCUAUCCGUGAUAGAAGAUGACAAGUCUAGCUGGAAAUCAUGCUUCCUUCAGGUUAUAUGGUUUUUUUUCCGUGCUUUGCUUCUGCCAAGCCAGCUCAAUUGCUCGUAUCCAUUGGCCCAUUAGAGAUUCCAUUUGCGAGACUGAGACUGAAGGGGCAUUCUGGCCAGUGUUCUGUCAAAUGGAAGCAUCAAAUGCUGCUAAACCCUUCCUCUUUCCCAAGCUUUUUUGGGUUUUGAUUAAAAAUCUCCAGUCUCGUCGCUUUUGCUGGCUUGCCUUAAGAUUGUGAUUAAGCUUGUCAUGACAUUGGAGUGUUUGGGUGAUUAAGAUUGUGAUUAAGCUUGUCAUGACAUAUACCUCCAUUUAGCAACCAAGUGUUUGGGUGACACAGUCCUAUUGAAUACUUGAAGUGUUCCCAUGAUUUCUUAUUCACUUACACUAAGCAGAAUUAAGUUGACUAUAAUCUGAACUACAUGCAAAUAGAAGAACGAAGAUCAUUACUCCGGGUCAUUGUAUGCUAGCAUAUUAACUGAUAAAAGCAAACGUCAGACUUUCAGACAUUCAAACGCUGAUAUCUAUCGAAAGGCCUCAUUCAAUGUUGCUAAUUAAGGACGGAAUUGCUGGCCCAAGUUGCAGUGAAAUUAUUGUCUAAUGUCCUUUCUCAGUUGAGAGAGACAUUGAAAAGGCUGGAUAUAGGAACUACUGGCCUACUGGGGUUAUGUUGGAG